AUGCUUCGCUAUAUUUUAAUUUUCCUUUUCUUCAAUUCAUUAUGUUAUAAUGGAAAAGCAGAAUUAGCUAUUUUUGAUAAAUUUGUUAAAUACAUUUUGAUCAAUAAAAACGUUCAGACCCAACUUUUUGCUUUUGAUGUCGAAUAUGGUUUGGAUGUCCUUCGAGGAAUUCAUGAAGAUAUAGUUGAUGAAUUGGUUAUAUAUUGGAGUGAAUUUCCACAAAUUCUGAAUCAACACGAAAUUGCUUACAUUUAUAAUGUAAUUGGCGAUAUUGUUAAGAUUGAUAAUGAUAAUAAUUAUUAUUGGAAUGUUAAAGAUAUUAUAAAUAAAUUUAGAAGAAAUACAGGACAUUUGUUUAUACCAACAAUAUUUUAUGAGGGCCUUAGUAAGUUUUAA